AUGCGUAUAUUUUAUAUUGCCCUUUUGGGCGCCUGCGUGGCACUCGCAUACGGUGCUCAUAUCCAUACGGAGACGGCAGUGAGCACCGAAGCAGUGAAGCCACAGUCACCUGCUGCUAACGGUCCGUGUUGUGAAAGUGUGCGACAAACUCUGCUAGAGAUUCGGAAAGAUAUUCGCUUGUGGCUCCUGGAUAGACUAUUCGGUAAACUGAUUGUGGAAAACGAUAAACGUGCGAACUGUUCAAAUAAUCAAAUAACAUCGACGGCGGAUGGUUCAAAUGUUGUACAAAAUACAAUUCAAUUUGAUUCGAUUAUCGACGAGAUUAGAAGUACUAUUCCGCAUAAUCAUCGAACUGCGGAACGGAAUGAUGCGACUACCACCAUCUCAGAGGAAAUUAUCUCAUCAGAUCCCGUCGUGAACGUAAUUUCCGCAGAAAACAAUACCGGAAAUGAUCAAUCUGGAUCCACUUCGACAGCGACUACGAUCACCUCUAAUGUUACGAAAACGACUACAACCACCACCACGACUACGACUACAACCACCUCUAAGGUUACGAAGUCAGCAGAUGAGCCCGUGGUGAAAGUGGUUUCCGGAAACAGUCAAUCUGGAUCCUCUUCGACUACGACUACAACCACCUCUAAGGUUACGAAGUCAGCAGAUGAGCCCGUGGUGAAAGUGGUUUCCGGAAACAGUCAAGUGGUGAAAGUGGUUUCCGGUAACAGUCAAUCUGGAUCCUCUUCGACUACGACUACAACCACCACCACGACUACGACUACAACCACCUCUAAGGUUACGAAGUCAGCAGAUGAGCCCGUGGUGAAAGUGGUUUCCGGAAACAGUCAAUCUGGAUCCUCUUCGACUACGACUACAACCACCUCUAAGGUUACGAAGUCAGCAGAUGAGCCCGUGGUGAAAGUGGUUUCCGGAAACAGUCAAACUACGACUACAACCACCACCAAGAUAACGAAGCCAGAAGUCGAUCCCGUGGUGAAAGUGGUUUCCGGAAACAGUCAAUCUGGAUCCUCUUCGACUACGACUACAACCACCUCUAAGGUUACGAAGUCAGCAGAUGAGCCCGUGGUGAAAGUGGUUUCCGGAAACAGUCAAGUUACGAAGCCAGCAGAUGAGCCCGUGGUGAAAGUGGUUUCCGGAAACAGUCAAUCUGGAUCCUCUUCUUCUACAACGACUACAACCACCACCAAGAUAACGCAGCCAGCAGUCGAUCCCGUGUUGAAAGUUACGAAGCCAGCAGAUGAGCCCGUGGUGAAAGUGGUUUCCGGAAACAGUCAAUCUGGAUCCUCUUCUUCUACAACGACUACAACCACCACCAAGAUAACGCAGCCAGCAGUCGAUCCCGUGUUGAAAGUCGAUCCCGUGGUGAAAGUGGUUUCCGGAAACAGUGAAUCUGGAUCCUCUUCGACUACGACUACAACCCAAUCUGGAUCCUCUUCGACGACGACUACAACCACCUCUAAGGUUACGAAGUCAGCAGUCGAUCCCGUGGUGAAAGUGGUUUCCGGAAACAGUCAAUCUGGAUCCUCUUCGACUACGACUACAACCACCUCUAAGGUUACGAAGUCAGCAGUCGAUCCCGUGGUGAAAGUGGUUUCCGGAAACAGUGAAUCUGGAUCCUCUUCGACAACGACUACAACCGUCGAUCCCGUGGUGAAAGUGGUUUCCGGAAACAGUGAAUCUGGAUCCUCUUCGACUACGACUACAACCGUCGAUCCCGUGGUGAAAGUGGUUUCCGGAAACAGUCAAUCUGGAUCCUCUUCUUCUACAACGACUACAACCACCUCUAAGGUUACGAAGUCAGCAGUGGAUCCCGUGGUGAAAGUGGUUUCCGGAAACAGUCAAUCUGGAUCCUCCUCUUCUACAACGACAACAACCGUGGUGAAAGUGGCUUCCGGAAACAGUCAAUCUGGAUCCUCUUCAACAACGACUACAACCACCACCAAGAUAACGAAGCCAGCAGUGGAUCCCAUGGUGAAAGUGGUUUCCGGAAACAGUCAAUCUGGAUCCUCUUCAACAACGACUACAACCACCUCUAAGGUUACGAAGCCAGCAGAUGAGCCCGUGGUGAAAGUGGUUUCCGGAAACAGUCAAUCUGGAUCCUCUUCAACAACGACUACAACCACCUCUAAGGUUACGAAGCCAGCAGAUGAGCCCGUGGUGAAAGUGGUUUCCGGAAACAGUCAAUCUGGAUCCUCUUCGACAACGACUACAACCACCUCUAAGGUUACGAAGUCAGCAGUGGAUCCCGUGGUGAAAGUGGUUUCCGGAAACAGUCAAUCUGGAUCCUCUUCGACAACGACUACAACCACCUCUAAGGUUACGAAGUCAGCAGUGGAUCCCGUGGUGAAAGUGGUUUCCGGAAACAGUCAAUCUGGAUCCUCCUCUUCGACAACGACUACAACCACCUCUAAGGUUACGAAGCCAGCAGUAGAUCCCGUGGUGAAAGUGGUUUCCGGAAACAGUCAAUCUGGAUCCUCCUCUUCGACUACGACUACAACCACCUCUAAGGUUACGAAGCCAGCAGUCGAUCCCGUGGUGAAAGUGGUUUCCGGAAACAGUCAAUCUGGAUCCUCUUCGACUACGACUACAACCACCUCUAAGGUUACGAAGUCAGCAGAUGAGCCCGUGGUGAAAGUGGUUUCCGGAAACAGUCAAUCUGGAUCCUCUUCAACAACGACUACAACCACCACUAAAGUUACGAAGUCAGCAGUCGAUCCCGUGGUGAAAGUUGUUUCCGGAAACAGUCAAUCUGGAUCCUCCUCUUCGACUACGACUACAACCACCUCUAAGGUUACGAAGCCAGCAGUAGAUCCCGUGGUGAAAGUGGUUUCCGGAAACAGUCAAUCUGGAUCCUCCUCUUCUACAACGACAACAACCGAUGAGCCCGUGGUGAAAGUGGUUUCCGGAAACAGUCAAUCUGGAUCCUCUUCGACAACGACUACGACGAGCUCUGAACAAGCUAACUCAUCAGUUAGUCCAGUCGUUACAGUAGUUUCUGGAGAGACUAAAACGGUUAACAGCCAAUCUGGAUCUACGACAAUAGUUGACAGUGGCGCUAGGAGUGAAACGGACAUUUCAAAGUCUGGUUCAUCAAAUAGCCACCGUUUUGGCUCAAACGAUUAUUUAAAUCAACAAAUCGUUCCGGGUGUUAUUGGAAAGGUUAUUAAAAGGGGUCAAGAAACCAUUUUAUCAAAUGUUGCAGAUGGCGUUCAACCAGGAAAUGCACAGAUUCAAGCUAGAAAGUUUGCGAUAAAUAGGAGACAGGCUAAUGGAUAUGUUAAUGGAGGUGACGCACGUUACGGCGUUGGACACUAUCCCUACUGGUGGGGAACUCAGGCACAAUGGCUAGGAGCCAGACCGUCAUGGGAUUAUUAUGGAAGUGGAUGGGGUACCAACGUUUGGAAUGGUCAAUAUAUUAACUAACAGCUUGUUAGCGUAUUAAAAAUGACUAUGUUGGGAGCUCUGUACUUAAAAGUUUAUAAAAUAUAUAUG